AUGGAUGAUAUACAACCAGGAACAAGUACAUUCGCUGUUUUGCAAAACAUCAGAAAUAUCACCGAACCACCACCAACAACUCCAACAUUUACUGAUAAUAAUAUUGAUUACGAAGAUGAUGGAGAAGAAGAUGUUGCACAAAUUAGUUUGGAUAUAUCAUUGGAUCCUGUUGAAAAAGUUGAAGAAGCUCCUGUAGUUAUAGACGCGAAAGGCAAAAAACCACCAAAACCUCCGAAAAGACCUGUUGAGAAGUUCAGUGAUAUUCAUUUUCAGAACACAAGUUGUGAGUUUUCUCUGGAAAUUUUUAAUAUAUGGUUUCUUGUGGAAACAAGCCUGACGAGACGUGUCCAAAAAGGAUACUGUACAAAAAUUUUCAAACAAAAAUUCCCGCCCAAAGCAAAAUUUCGAUUCGGGCGGGAAGCUAAUAAAAAUUUCAAAAUUUUUUCAUUGCACUGCACAUUUUUUUCACGAAAAAGUGAAGUUUUCAUUGAUUUUCAGCCGAUUUUGAUGAUAAUAUUCAAAAAAAAUUCAAAAUUUCACGCUGCACACUUUAUUCUGAAAAAAUUUUCACGCUGCACAAAAAUUUUGGGACACUCUCACCAAGUGUGUGUGUGGAAAACUCGGGGAAAUGCUGCUCAAAGCUUCCUGAGAAUAUUUCCAUAGUCCGAAAAAACCCCUAAAUUCCAAUUAUUAUUUGCAGUAAAUAUGUAUGUUCCAUUCAAUCCAACUCAUUGGACAUCUCAAAUAAAUUAUCGAAUGCCACAAGAUAUUGUAAUCAGUGCAAUUAGAAAUAAUGGAACUGAAGGAUUGCCAAGAACAGAAAUUGGAUAUUCAUUGGGAUAUGAUGCGAAUUUAAAAACGGGAUCGAGAAGAGUAUCUCAACAUAUUAUCACAGCAAACACUGAACAAUCGGAUCAUAUUGGACAAUAUCAAAAAAUGGAUGGAAAAAUUCGAACAAUUAGAUAUUAUUGGAAAGAAAAUGAACAACCGGAAAAAUUCGGGAAAAUUUUGAGAGAUUUUGAAUUUUUGACUGGAGCACCAUGUCCUUAUAAAAUUGGAGAAGUUGUCAAAUUUCCUGAAACUAAUUUGAGUGAGUUAAUGAUUUUUUUUUUUAAUUUAUUGAAAAAAUUUUUUCAGAUACGUUAAGAAUAUCAGAUGUUAGUCUUCAACGACUUUAUCGAAUUCUCCAAAUAGCCGAAACCCAUCGAGUUAUUGUAACUUCGAACAAAUUGAUACGAAUGAUUUCGGAAGAAGAAAUGAGUGAAGGAUAUAAAUAUAUGAUUGACAAGAAGUCACUUACAAAAUGUUUGUUGGCUUUGAAACGAAAACAACUUAUUCAAACUUGGGAAACUACGGUAACAUCAGAUUUGGUUGAUCAUCAAGUUACAAUUGUUGCGCAUCGAGAUAUUCAAAAUGUUUCUGAUGAUGAAGUUAAAAAUGCGAUUCAGACUAUAGUUGAUGAAUAUCAUAGAGAAGGACGAGUAUUUCCACAUGGACAACAGAGGUUUUUAUUUUAUGAAGAAAUUAUUUCAAUUGAAUUUUUAUUUUUCCAGAAUAUUGAAGAAUAAAAUCGAGAAAACGGCUGAAAAAUCAUCUGAAGUGUCAAUUAGUAACAUUGAUGAAAAUUUGGAGAUUCCACGAACAAUUUUGGAUAGAUAUGAUUUCUUCAGAUUACAAGCUAUACGGAAUAGUUAUUCUGGAGUGAGAUAUUUUUAGACUUUUUCUGUUAUUUAUUUUUCCCAAAAAAAAAUCUUUCAGAAAGCUAAAAACAAAAAAGAAGCUUCUUCUGCGAAUGAUUCAAUUGAUUUGGGAGACGAAGAAGAACCUGAAGCUGAAUGUGAUGAAGAAAAUAUUCAUGAAUUCACAUUGGUCUACAAUAAUUUGGCACCAGCGAAUGGAAAGAAACAAUUCAAUAAAAAUUAUCAUGUUGGAACAAGUGGAUUUGGAUAUCAGCCAAAAGCUAUUCGAUUAUAUACUCUACAUCAAAUGAUUUUUCAUUUGGUUUAUCAGCAAACUCAAGGAAAUCGCACGCAAACGCUUUUUGAUUUGUGAGUUUCAAAAAGAUUUCUUUCGGAAAGAACACUUUUCAUUCUCUUGUCAAAUAAAUUGUUUUUUUUUUCAGGUUUCCACCAACAAAACCGUUCGAAUCUUGGCCAUCUCUUGAUGAAGAAAAUGCUCCAACCUACACCGAUAAUCAACAAUUCCGCUUUGUUCCACCUCAACCAGUUUUUGCUGGCUCAAAACAAGGAUGGUUUAUGCUUCAAGAUUUACUUGUCGCAAUGCCUUUGUCAGUUUUAGCCAUUUGCGCGUUUCUUCCAAAGAAAAUCGAGGUAACAAUUUAAACGUGUCCCAGAUUUUCAUAAUUUCAUUUUAUAGAAAACAUUUCUGUUCCACUAUUUAAAUCAUCCGGAUCGAAGACAUUUAUGUGUUGGACAUUUGCCGCAAGAACAAAGAGAAGCGAUUUUGAGGGAUAAAAAGGUUUUGAAACAACUUCAGCAUUGUUUGCUGUUAUUGGGAGCACUGGGAAUUGUUCGAAUUGGACCGAAUCCAUGUGUCAGAAGAUUCCCAAGUUGUGGAUCUGAAAUGUAUUGGGUUUCGAAAUAUGCUGAAUUAUAUGAUACAAGUACUAGUGAUAAAGGAUAUGCAACAAUUAGCAGAGAUUAUAGAGAUUUUCAAAAAUAUGAAUAUGAGUUUUUGACCUUGGUAAGUUGAUAUCUAACAAGGGAUUAUUUGAUAAAAUAUAUAUUUUCUAGUGAAUUCUGAUCGGUUAAAGUAAAUGUUUGAAUAUAAGUUAUGAUGUGGAAUUUUUUUCGGCUAAAUUCAAUUUGAUUAAAAAUGCUUUUGAAUCAAUGAUUUUGGCACAGAAAUCAGAUUUACAUUGAAAUAAUGUUCUCUUGAAGUUUCAGAUUAAAAAUUUUCUGGAAAAUCUUUCUGAUCCGUUGUAAAAAGCCUCCUGGGCAUCAGGAUUUCGAAGGCUAGUAAAGUCAUGAUAAAUUUCUGUUUUUCCCAUGUCAUAACUCAUAUUAGAACUCAAGUUAUGCUCUUUCGAGUGAUAAUCUACUAGAAAACAUAUUUUGAACCCCCUCUCUCCCGAAAAAUUUUCUCUUAAACAUUAUUUUUUAGCACGAUGUAACUCUUUACUGGCAUCAUCUUCGUGCAAUUGUUCUUUCAACUCCUCUUUCUUUUCGACUCGAAGAUCAUUCUGAACAAAGUAGGCACAAAGUAUAUUCAGCUGGAUAUUUUGAUAAGAAACUUAUUGAAAGACCACAUGAAAGUGAAGAAAAACGAAUUUAUCCGAUUGGACCUCGAGAUGGUGUUGCUGGAUUUGAUAGUGCACUUUUUAUGCAUGUGAAAAAGAAUUGGGAUAUGAUAACAAAUCCAUCAUCUGUUUGUUCGUGGUUUAUUUCUCAAUUUAGAAAAGAUUCGGAAGAAUUGAAAACAUUGGUUGAAGAACGAGUUGAACAUUUGCAAAAAGAUUGGAAUAGUUUUAUGAAAUCUUUGAUGCCAACUGAUUUGGAUUUGACAAAAAGUAAAAUGAAGACGGUUACAUCAAUGGCUGAAUUUACACUGAAACAAGUUCGAAAACGCGGUGCAGGAAGUGAUGGAAAUAAUGGAAAUUCUAGAAAACUUGCAAAUCAUAAAAAACGAAAAAUGGAUAGUAUUGAUUGUAUUUCAAAUGCGAAUCGAGUUUUUAUUCGAUGCCGUUUUACACCAAAAGAAAGAGAUCAAUUAAUUAUGAUUCGAGCUGUUGGAUUCUUUUUGAAUCCAGUUUAUCGUUUCUGGUUGGAUCCGACAGUUUUACGUGAUUUGAUGCAUGAAUUUGUACCGGAAUCAAGAACCAAAACAGUUCAAAGUUUGAUGGCUUGCGGAGUUCGCGAAUUGGUUCGACCAAAUCGAUUGGCCUAUUUACAAAGAAUUGUUCGAAAUUUAUCGACGUUUCCGGAGAUGAGAGAACUUCGUUGGCAAUUGUGCACAUCACCAGUUUCGCCAAUACAAACGAAAACUGAAUUUUUCAAAGAUGCAUACAGAUUGGCAAUGAAAUUAUUGUUUGCGUAAGUUUUUUCAAUAUCAAAGGCAGUUGGGUUUUUUUCGGAACCGGCUGAAAUUUUAACCGGUUCCGAGAAAGGUUCUUAUUGAAAUAAAUUGCUCAUUUCAGUGACAAUAACCGUAUUCCUCAUCCAAUGGUUAGCGAUAAUUCAUUCAAUGAUUUUCUUGAUUCCUCAAAUGUUCUCAUAAAAAAAGAGACAGUUGUCAAUAAUCCAUUACCAUAUCGAUCACAAACUCCAAAAACUCCAUCGCAUAUUCAACAUUGUAUUGCAUCAAAUCUUCUCAUCUCAAUUCUCAUUCAUUCUACACCUGGAGAUUUUGCCGAGACGGUUCUUUCACAAAUUUCACCGAGUGUACUUCAGAAGGUUUUGCAAUCAUUGCGAAGUGAUGGACUUGUAUCGAGAGUGAGACAAGGUGAAAGUGAUGUGGUUUCGAAGAAUCAAGCUGCGUUGUCAUAUUAGUAAGUUGAGAUUUAUGACGUGGCAGAAUUUUGAAAGUUUCCAGAAAUCGGAUUUUGUUAGAGAAUUCACAAACAAGAUUUAUCUUUAAUUUUCAAGUAAAAGAAUUUUCAUGUGUGAAAAAAAUCUGAAAGGGAAAAAUAAUAAUUUUUGUUACAAAAAGUAUGAAAGUAGUUAUCAAAGUUAGGAAAUCUCAUUAUGAGCACGUAGAAAUCUACUUUUGAGAAAAAAUCAAAUAAAAAAUUCAAAAUGUAUUUAUCCAAUGGUUUUUUUGCAGCUUCCGCCAUUUCUUUUCUCAUCGAUAUCAUCCGGAUUUGGUUGAUUCGAGCGGUGUUUUAUUGGAAGAAAUUAAUACACCAAAUGAGAAUAGCGAUGAAAUGAUUGAAUUGGCUGGCGAUUCUCCAUCUGUUCUUGUUGCUGCUUCAUGUGCAUUUUUCGAUGAUAAUUAUAAAUUGGAAAUGAGUGUUGAUGAAGAUAUUAUGGAUGUUUUUGAGAAUACUGAAAAUGAUCAAACAACCAAAAAGAUUCGAUAUUUGGAAUCGGCAAACCUUCAUUUCGAAAAAAUCCAUGUUUAUUUGGAUAAAAAUAGUGGAGAAGACGAAGAAGAGGAUGAAGAGAUACCGAAAAUUGUCGAAAAUCUUAUGAUUUUAUUAGAUAGAUCAAUACCAAUUGAUGAACCUGUUUGUUUUGCGGAUUGGAUUGAAAAUUGUGAAGAACCGGCAAAAAGUCGGAAUAUUCUAGUUUACAAUAUAAUUGCAUCAAAAGCACAAACUGGUGCGGCUCUUCAAGAUCUUGUUGAAAGUAUUGAUUUUUCGACGGAUUAUUUAUUGGAAACAAUGAGUGAUUUAUACGAAGGAAGACAGAUAAUUGAGUGUGGAGUCGAUGAAAAACGAUGGACAACAAUCGAAUUCGAGCAUAUUUGGAAAAUCACAGUUUUGGAUAAAAAAUGGACACCUCGACCAUGGAUAAUGCCGAUGGGCGGAGUUUGUUUAGCAACUGUUCGAUGGAUGGCUGAAAGUGUUUUAUUGACGAUUGUUUCGAAAUUGGGCAUUCAACUAUCCGAUUUGCAUUUUCAAUUUGAAUUUGCGAUACAGCCUGUUGUUUUGCGAGAACUUAUUGAUAUUUUGGAAACGUUGAAAUGUGUUGAGGUGGUUGUUAAGGAAUUUGUGAGCCAUAAAAUGAAGUCGCCGUUUGAAGGUAAGUGUUUUUGUUUUUUUACUGUUGAGAACGUGUUCUGGCUCUAGACUUGAGUUUUGUUGAGCUACAAAAAUGUGAAAAGUUCAAACCCUUUGUCAAAAAAUCCAAGUUUUUCAUUAUUCUCUACUGAAAAUUCUUGAACUACAGUACUCUGAAUUUUAAUACCUAGAAGUUGUUUGUUCAAAAAAUAUCUAGAAUCUUCAGAAAAAAAGUUCUUAAAAUCAGGUUUUUGAGCUCACAGAACAUACAAAUUUUUAAAUUUUUUUUCCAGAAUCAACCGAAAAAGUGAGCAUUGUCUACGUUGUUCCAACUCCAAACGCUCUCGAAAUCUUUUCGCGAAUAUUCCACGGUGUUCCACUUCUCCCAACAAUGUCUUCUGCAAAAACAACUGAUGAUCACAAAAAAUGA